GCACGAAUCGAAGAGGUGAUAUUUGGUUUGUGUCACAAUGCUGCUGACGUGGUGCCCUCCGUGACGUCGGCACUCAAAGGUGUACAAUGGCGGUCAGAGACGAUGUUCACGUGCUAUCCCGCGGACAGCCGUGCCAGGUACUUCCGUCACACGGAUAACUCUUCCGGCAACGGUAGACUCCUCACUGCUCUUGUUUACCUGAAUGAGAACUGGCAGCGAGGUGAUGGAGGUGAGUUGCGGCUUUUCCACCCAGGUGAGAAAAAUUUGAAAGUUCGCAUGGAAAUUGAGCCGUUGUGGAAUCGCUUGCUUCUCUUUUGGUCUGACGACCGAAGUCCGCAUGAAGUGCUGUCAGCUUGCAAAGAUCGCUUUGCGGCCACGGUGUGGUAUUAUGACGAGAAGAAUCCAAGCAUCCCACUUCAUGAGGUGGGCGAGCCAGUGGGGGAUGCGGGCAGCGUGGUGGAGAUGGAGCAAGCCACGACCAAGCCGAAAGGAGUUGGCAUUCGCGGGGCG